GCCUAAACCAAGAGCCGCAGCACCCUUUUCUUGUCUUAGUUUAUGUAUGAAAGAGAUCAUUCCAAAACCCAGAACCCAAACAAACCGUGACUGAGAAGUGUGGGCGCACACAUACACAGCACCACAAGUGUUCACUGUGUGAGCAAAAAUCUUGACCCAUAAUCACUUUAAUUAAUUUCCUCUUCCUUAAGGUUCCUAUGAAGACAAUGCAUGCGUCAGAUACAGGAAAUUCCUCAUUUUGCUCUCAGUCUUGCGGCUCCUGCCCAAGAUAUAGAAUUGACACGGAAAGGUUUUGUGGGUUUCAGUGCAGUUGUUCCUGAAAUGGAUAAAACGGGUGGAGAGGACAGACAGGAUAAAGGAUGUAAGAACAAGAGAAAAUUAGCUCAUCCUUCUAUACUUCCUGCUAGUUUACCGUUGUCUCUGUUUGACUUCCCUCGGUAUGAGUUACCGGCUUCACAAAGUGGCUCAAAUGAAUUUAGUCCAUCACAGUGGUGGUCAGAGUUUCUUAGUAAAGAAAACGAACUGCAAAUGCGUGAGCUUUCGGAUUGGAGUGAUCCUAUUGCAAGCCAGCUUGAGGAAUUGCUGCUGUCUAAUUUGCAAGCGAUUUUCACGUGUGCACUCAAGCAGGUUGUUGAAUUAGGUUUCGAUGAAAAAUUGGUUGAAAUGUCCCUUGCAAGGAAGGCCCUGUACAUUGAGGAAGGAGAUCCUGUCACAAAUAUUGUAGAUCGGACGGUGAAUGUUUUGAAGGGGAAAGAAGAUGCUACAGAUUUUGUUUUUGAGAGCUUCCAGCAUCUGCUGCAUUACACCAUGGUGGAGAUGAUCAGUGUAGUUCGUGAAGUCAAACCCUCCUUGACAGUUGGUGAUGCAAUGUGGGUUUUACUGAUAUCUGACUUGAAUCUUUCACUGGCUUGUGCAAUGCAAGAUUGCCCGGGUGUUGUUGGUAAUGGGGAAAGCUCUGCCAGUUCUUCCAGUCUCCAAUCUAAGUCGGAGGUCCAAAGCUCUGAUAUAAUUUCAAAUUGCAGUUCACCAACUCUCCAGAAGGAUUUGUCCUCCAAUCACCAGAAUCAAAGGUCUGGAGAACCUAAGUUUGGAAGUUUCCCCAAUUCACCCAACAACCAAAAUUCUCAAGCUACAGGAGGGGUAAAACUUAAGGCAGAGAAUGUUUCAUUGCCAAUUACUGCAGAGAAAUCCUCCGGAACAUCAGGGUUUCCUGCCCAUGAAUGUAAAUCUGGAUCGUGUUCUAAGAGGCAUACCAGAAAAGAAAUAGCAGCACUUAGGCAGAAGUUCUUUCACAUGGAGAAAACUUACAGGAAUUGUGGAAAAGCGGGAUUUAAAUCAGGAAAGAUUACAAGUGUUGGUAGUUUGGUUGUUGAAAAAAGACUCAAGUCACCAUCUGAAAUUCCUAAUCAGCAAAUGAAAUGUGGCUCCUCAAAUUUGCUAAGCUCAAAAGGAGUUUAUUCUGCAAAUAUAACAUGCCAUGUUUCAACCUGUGAUGCAUCUGUUUUACCUGCAGAAGGUAACUCUGGAACAUUACCUACAAAGAAUACAAUAUCUUCUUCUCCCAUGGUGAAUGCAAAAACUUCAACACGUGACAGUACAUCCAAACCAAAAUCUGAGCUAAGCUGUUCUGUCAAGAUUCUUGAUUACUGUGCUGAUAUUCCGUUUGAUGAGGCUUCGGGUAAGUAUGUCGCGCGAGAUGAGAAGGAUGAGCUCAUUUUGAAAUUAUUUGCUCGACUGCAAGAAUUGCAUGAUGAGCUACUAGGUUGGAACAACUGGACAAAUCAGAAGGUUAUGCAGGUUACGAACAGGCUUGGCAAACUACAGCCAGAGUUUAAAACUCUGAGGAAGGAAAAGCAAGAUGCUGAACUGUUGAAAAAGGAAAAGAAGCUGGCGCAGGAGACUGCUGUGAAGAGGAUAUCUGAAAUGGAGAAUGCCAUGGAAAAUACGAAAAAGCAAAUUGAGAGUGCUGCUUCUGCUACUCUCGUGCUAGAGGCAGAAAACUCCUUGCUAAAGAAGGAGUUGGAUGAUGCUAAGUUGUGGGUUGUAAAGUCAAUGGCAAGCCAUCAACAAGCACUGGAGAGUGAGCAGACGGCACUUAAACAGGCCCAGUCAUGGGAAAGCCAUAAUAGUUUGCUUCGAGAUGACCUUGAGAAAGAGAAGCACAAAUUAUUUAAUCUGCAACAGGAGCUACACAAAGAGAAAAAUCAUCAAGCCAAGAUUGAGGGUAGAUUGGCAAAAGAGAGAGCUGCGAAAGAAAAGCUCCUUUCUCAGGCUGCAUCCAUUAAAAAGGAUAGAGAACAACGUGAGCUGCACAUGAAAUCUGAAGAGGAUAUGAUUAGAAGGAAAGCUGCUAGGGAUCUGCAGAAAUAUGUGGAAGAUAUUGGAAAGGUGGAGAAAGAGUUGAUUGACUUGAAACUAAAAUCUGACUCUGAAAAAAUAGCAGCACUCCGCAGAUGUGUUGAUGAAAGGAAUGAUAGCUUCUCAAGAACAAAGAGUGCUCCAAACAUGAAGGGAAACAAGAAAUCAGAUGAGUCUCAAACAAUGGUGAGUUGCCAAGACAACUUGGCUGCUGGAAGUUUGAGGCGUGAGCAGGAGUGUGUGAUGUGCCUAUCAGAGGAGAUGUCAGUAGUUUUUCUGCCAUGUUCGCAUCAGGUGGUGUGUGCUGAAUGCAAUGAACUCCAUGAGAAGCAAGGGAUGAAAGAGUGCCCUUCUUGUAGGACCCCAAUCCAACGUAGGAUUCGUGCUAGAUUUGCUCGGCGUUAGAUCGUAGUAUAGAUUUUCCUGAAUGAAUGGGAAUCUUGAAGAAGAAAUACAGUGUACUUCCUCCUUCCUUUCCGAAACCAAAAGGAAAUAAACAAGAAAGAAAAACAGAAUAGACAAAGAAAGAACUUUCCCAAGGGACAGUUGAGUGUAAAGACCGUUUAUGCUUUUACAUUUCGAAACAUAAAUCAGCACAAUGAGUUUUUAUAUAAUAGGAGUAUCUUGAAUUA